AAGAUCCACUCCUCCACUUCCCGGCUCGAUUGGUUUUUGCUAAAUUUGACAGCCACAUCCAAUCCAUCCGCCUCCAAAGCGGCAGCGGCAGACCCGUUCGCCGCCGACGAGCCUCCCCGUCCAACCCGGGGAACGGAAGCAACGAAGGCCGUCAGCGCCGAUGGCUGCCUCCUCUCCUGUCCCUUCUCUCCUCCUAACCCUAGCCCUGGCUCUCACCGUGGCCGCCGCGGGCAAGAUCUCAGCCCUCCGCACCCCGAUCUCGCGCGACAUCUACCACUCCAGUGAUUCUCUUCUGCGUGAAAUCAAGGCUUUGGUUGCUCGGCAUUCAGACAAAUUGAGUAUGGACACUAUAACAACAAGCAACAAAGGCUAUUCUGCAGACCUGCUUGUAGUUACAUUUAAUCACGUGAAGGAGAGUGUGGACAAUGGCUCAAAGGUUCAUAUCCUUCUGAGCUUUGGACAGCAUGGCAGAGAACUUAUUACCUCUGAAGUUGCAUUACGCCUUCUCUAUAUUUUAACGGAGAAGCGUAAGAUUGCUGGUGUAGAUUUUUCAUCCUUUGAGAGAGUGCUGGAGAACCUUGUGAUCAAAGUGGUACCAAUGGAAAAUUGGAAUGGUCGCAAACGUGUUGAAGAAGGGGAGCUUUGCGAUAGGAGAAAUGGAAGAGGAGUUGAUCUUAAUAGAAAUUGGAGUGUGGACUGGGGAAAGAAAGAAAAGGACUAUGACCCAUAUGAGGAGAAUCCUGGUAUUGCUCCUUUUAGCGAACCUGAAGCCCAAAUCAUGAGGGAACUAUCCAGGUCAUUUAAACCUCAUAUUUGGGUGAAUGUGCAUUCUGGAAUGGAGGCCUUAUUUAUGCCAUAUGAUCACAAGAAUACCACACCAAAUGGAGCUUCUGCACAUUUGAUGCGGUCUGUUUUAGAGAAUUUGAACCACCGCCAUUUCCAAGAUAGCUGCCUAGUUGGGUCUGGCGGUGGAUCUGUUGGAUAUCUUGCACAUGGGACCACGACCGAUUACAUGUAUGAUAUUGCAAAGGUGCCAAUGCCGUUCACCUUUGAGAUAUAUGGAGAUGAGAAAGCAUCUACUGACGAUUGCUUCAAAAUGUUCAAUCCUGUUGACAAGACAACAUUCGAUAGAGUCAUCAACAAGUGGUGCAUGGCAUUUCUCAUACUUUUUGAGGAAGGCUUGCGAAACCUGCGAGAUGCCCAGAUAGUAUCACGAGACACACUGGACAACUGGGUCCCAAUCGGAGGAGACGUUGUCGAGAGAAAUGUAGCACGGAAGACUGCCCGUGAAAGGAGGAAACUGGAAGGUCUUGACCUGGGAAUGCAGGAGCUAAGAACGUACUUUCGUCUAUUUAUGCUAUCAACAUUCUUGUUAAUGUUCAUGUUCUGCACAAGGAUAUCAAAGAACAGAAACAGAGACUCAGGUAACGUCUUUGAUCCUUGAAUACCAAGAAAGCGAUGAUUGGAGCUCGCUGCUCAGAUGAGUUUCAGUUCCAAGAGUGAUGACCAUCUGUUGCCUCAGAUGAACAAAGUGCGUGAAACAUUCGUAGUUGGAACACAAUUCUGCGCCCUGCCAUUUGGAGUUGGAGACGAGGCUGCUGGGAUCAGAAUGGUAUCAGGCAGUUCCUGUUCAGAUUUUAGUAGCUCCCAGAUGAUUUGGUUAAUUGUUAAUAGAGUGUACCUGUAAGUUGUAAAAUUGCCCAUAUCAGCUUUUUCGAAGCAUAGGUUCUUACAUUUUGAAGGUUGGUGCACCCAAAACUGGAUAUGAAGGCUACAUUUCGUGGCAUGAAUGAAUUGAUUAACGUCUCA